AUGCCAACAAUGUUUGCAAAUGAACUUUUAGACUCCUCUGACGUGACGCCUUGUGUUGGUCAUGAAGUUACUUUGAAUAGUAGUGAUACUCCGAUAUUCUCAUUUUCGCGUCAAGCAAAAUCACAUGAACAAGUGACGACAACUACUACUACGCACCUCUCAUCAGAAUCUCAGUUUUCAUCAGCUGUCAAUGACGAAGAAUGCGGUAUUGGUGAUAUUAGCGCUAAAGAAAGUGAUAGAACGAUUAAUGGCACUUGUGGCUCACGUCAACAAUAUCAUUCUACUCUACGUCGAUUAUCACGCGAACAUAUUCCAUCUUUUCGGUAUUUGAGUGGUCCAUCUGGUUCUACAUCUCACAUGACUUCUAUGGUUGUUGAGCUAAACCAUUCACGAUCCCGUAUUCAUUCACAUGCUAAUCCUAUGGGAACUUGUUUUGAAGAUGCGUCUCGACCAAGUCGUUUUGAUCAAAUCAUCAAUUCUGCACCUCCUUCUCUUGAAGUAAUGGAAGCACAUGCAUGGAAUCCCGAUGAUCGUUCGCUUAAUAUUUUUGUGAAAGAUGACGAUAGACUGACAUUUCAUAGACAUCCUGUGGCCCAGUCUACUGAUUCUAUUCGUACCAAGAUUGGUUUUACAAGAGGAUUCCACGUGUGGCAAAUAAAAUGGCCUCAGCGACAGCGAGGAACGCAUGCUUCGGUUGGCGUGGCAACAAAAGCAGCAUCUCUACAUUCUGUUGGCUAUACUUCACUUGUCGGUUCAACUUCCGAAUCUUAUGGAUGGGAUUUGAUACGAAACAAGUGUCAUCACAAUUCGAGGAACUCAAGUUGUUGGACAUAUCCCGCUUGUGCUGUGCGCGAUGAAAAUGUUAUAGCACCUGAUGAGUUUUAUUGUAUUCUUGAUAUGGAUGAUGGAUACUUGGCUUUUGCAUCUGAUGCUGAAUAUUAUGGCGUUGCAUUUACGGGUUUGAAAGGUCGAAAGCUAUAUCCUGUAGUUUCUGCAGUGUGGGGCCAUUGUGAAAUCACUAUCAAAUACCUCGGAGGACUUGAUCCUGAACCAUUAUCACUUAUGGAAUCGUGCCGUCGAUCAAUUCGAACUUAUUUAGGAAGAGAAAAUAUUCAUCGCGUGCGAGAGCUGAGGUUACCGAAUGGCCUCAAAAAGUAUCUCAUGAAUAAAUUGUAA